AUGGCAACGUCUAUACUUGGGGAAGAGCCACGGUUUGGAACUACACCUCUAGCUAUGCUGGCUGCAACUUGCAACAAAAUUGGUAACACCAGUCCUCUUACAACUUUACCUGACUCAAGCGCUUUCUCAAAAGGUGGAUUUCAUCCUUGGAAAAGAUCCUCCUCAAGCUGUAACUUGGGAUCCAGUCUGCCCGGUUUCACAGUAGCAACCAGCCGCGCGUCGACAGGACUAACACCGACCAGUGGCACCGGCAACAGCGCCUUUUGCUUAGCCUCCACCUCCCCGACCUCGUCUGCAUUUUCCACAGAGUACAGCGGUCUGUUCUCCAACGCUGCGGGAGUCACAUCCCAAGACUCCGGACAGUCAGCUUUUAUAUCCAAAGUCCACACAUCAGCAGAUACUCUUUACCCCCGAGUGGGGAUGGCGCACCCGUACGAAUCGUGGUACAAGUCCGGUUUCCACUCGACUAUCUCUGGCGAUGUAACAAACGGUGCGUCCUCGUGGUGGGAUGUCCACACUAAUCCCGGGUCAUGGCUCGAUGUCCAGAAUCCUGCAGGCACCCUCCAGACCUCACUGCACACCGGGACACCUCAAGCCAUCCACUCCCAGCUGAGUGGCUACAACCCGGACUUCUCCUCGCUGACGCACUCGGCGUUCAGCUCCACUGGAAUCAACCCCUCUGCGUCUCAUCUACUGUCCACCAGUCAGCACCUGUUAACUCAGGACGGGUUCAAAACAGUGAUCCCCACUUACACAGACGCGUCUGCCGCCAACGCCAUGAUUUCUGGGGGCAGUUCAGGAAUAAGUAGCUCCUCGAGGUCGUCCCGGCGGUACUCCGGCCGAGCAACAUGUGACUGCCCGAACUGCCAGGAGGCUGAGCGGCUGGGACCCGCCGGGGCCAGCCUGCGCAGGAAGGGACUCCACAGCUGCCACAUUCCCGGCUGCGGUAAAGUGUACGGAAAGACAUCUCACCUCAAAGCACAUCUGAGAUGGCACACCGGCGAGCGGCCUUUUGUCUGCAACUGGCUUUUCUGUGGCAAAAGGUUCACUCGGUCCGAUGAGCUCCAGAGACACCUCCGCACCCACACCGGUGAGAAAAGGUUUGCUUGCCCGGUUUGUAACAAGCGCUUUAUGCGGAGUGACCAUUUGAGCAAGCACAUCAAAACGCACACGGCCGGUGGAGGAGGCAAAAGGGGGAGCGACAGUGACACCGACACCAGUAACCUGGAGACCCCGAGGUCCGAGUCCCCAGAACUUAUUUUGGAGGGGGUAAAUCCCAGAAUCAAUGUUAUGGAUCCGUCUCCUCAAGACGAGCCCUAAUGAGGCUUCACCCAAAA